UCCAUGCAUUUGUCUAUCCCUGGACUUAAGAAAGAAACAAACAGAAAAACCUUCUAGUUUUGUCUGAGCCUUCCCUUCAAGAUGAAAGAUUCUACUACCCCAGAAGGAGAAAGAAUUCCUAAGGCCACCCAGGCUGUGAAGAGAAGAGCUUUUGGGGGACGAAGGCUACGGAAGGCCCUAAGUGGGGACACCAUCAGCUCCGAUGUCCAGCGCCAGCAUUUCAGGCAGUUCUGCUACCAGGAGACCAAGGGGCCUCGGGAAGUUUGCAGCCGUCUCCACCGUCUUUGCCGCCAGUGGCUGAAGCCAGAGAGGCACAGCAAGAAGGAGAUGCUGGACCUGGUGAUCCUGGAGCAGUUCUUGGCUGUCCUGCCCCCAGAGAUGGAGAGGUGGGUGAGGGAAUGCGGGCCGGAGACCAGUUCCCAGGCGGUGGCCCUGGCAGAAGGCUUCCUCCUCAGCCAGGCAGAGGACAAAAUGAAGGAAAAGCAGGCAAGCCUCAGUCAUGCAAGCAAGGUCCACGUCCUGCUCGAGCAGGAACUUUCAGAGGACUAA